AAAAUGCUUUUUAUGUUUAAGAAUUCAGCUGAAAACAAAUUAUCGAAAAAGAACUGAAGAUGAUUAUUGAUUGUGAUGUUUCAAUAAGUGAUCCAAACUCACCGCCAAAUCGUUAUUCUCAGGCAAAAGUUGGUAUCGGUUUUGAUAAAAAAGAUCAUCGUUAUUAUCUGGUCAUCGUACGUAAUAAACAAAAAGAUCGAUUUCGUUUGAUUGCAUCGAAUGUAGUUAUACGUGGUGAUACAUUUGUUAUUACGAAUCCAAAAAAACUGAUCAUGUUGAAAAAUGUUGAUUUUUCAAUUUUGCCAUGUUCAAAAGAUUAGCAAGGAAAAUACUUGUAAAUCAUCAGCCAUUGCCGGCAGUACCAUCCGUGGAAACCAUUUUGCAAUCUAAAAUGAUGCCAAGAAGUGCAUUGAUCAAUAUUGUUAAUCAAAUAAAAAAAUUGGACAAUCCUAUUUUAUCGAAUGUCAAAAUUGAAAGUAUUACGACCCUAAGAUGGCAACAAAUCGAUAAGUUAUGGUCAUUAAAAAACUUAUCAGAGCUCACCAUAACUGGCUGUAAACUGAACAAAAUCCCUUUCGUCUUGAAUCAAUUAAAACAAUUAGCUCAUUUAAAUAUGAGUGAUAAUCAAAUUGAAGAAAUUCCUAUGUGGUUUACACAAGAAAUGCAUCGGUUGAAAACAAUAAAUCUUAGUCAUAAUCUUAUCCGAAUAAUACCGUAUGAAAUUAUUCGGUUGGAAAAGUGCAUUGUUCUUGAUUUCAAUCAUAACCGAAUCGAACAUUUUCCUUUAUCGUUAUUAUAUCAUUUUUUUCGUAAUCCUUCUCAAUACUCUAAAAUUGAUUUUUCCCACAAUUCUAUGCGUGCUUUUCCUUUUUAUGCAUCUUCAAGCCUGCCUCGAGAAUUUGAUUAUGAAUUCCAUGGUAUCUUCAAGAUCGAUCCCAAUCCAUGGAGAAAACAUGAAGAUUACUCAUUACCAAAAAUACCAUCUGAACGAUAUCCAUUCGAAGCAGAUACUUUAUAUGGAAAAUGUUUGGAAAUUGCCAUUAAUAAUUUUAAAUUGAGGGAAAAACUUUUUGAUUAUCGACAAACUCCUAAACAAAUUUAUGAUCAUCUACAAAGAGUAUUGUUCAUAUGUCAUAAAUGUCGAAAGUUAAAACUUCGAAUAAGAUACGAAACUGGUUCAUUUUAUCGUGGACUUAACAUGUUUGGCUUUAACAUGUUUGGCUUUAAUGUUUUAUACCAUAGUGUUCCCAGAUAUUUAAUCUAUUGUUCGGAUUGUUGAAACUGAACAAGUCCU